UCCCUCAACAACCCCAUAUCAAAACCAUUUUUUUCUCUCUUUAAUACAGAGAAGGCAAAAUCUCCAGCAUUAUAGCAGAAAGAUUUUAUGAUAAGUUGUUGAUUCUUAUGUUAAUUAUUAUUAUAGUAAAAUCUUCACACUGAUCAUCUCAAGCUUCUUGCUAUUUCUAUCCUUAUGACGGCUGCUAAGACUUUGCAACUUCAAUUUUCUUCUUCUUCUUCUUCCCCCAAGCCUUAUUGUUUCUUGAGCAGCUCUCAAUCAAGUUUGAUCCAAUCAAGGACGACCAACCUCGGGUUUCAGCGUAAAGUCCUUAGAAAGAAGGUCAAAUGGGAGAGCUUGGGCUUGUCAUCAAGAAUAAGAGAGGAUUCCAAGAAGAAGGAAGGAGGAGGGGUGGUGAGGUGUACGGCGGAGAGGACGGAAAGAAGGAUUUUGAUCGGGGAAACCCCCGUGAGGAUGGUGCCAGAGAGGUUCAAGGUGGUGGCUUUAAUGGCUUGUGUUAUGUGUUUAUGUAAUGCUGACAGAGUUGUUAUGUCCGUUACCGUUGUUCCACUCGCUGAUAAGUUUGGUUGGUCAAGUUCUUUCCUUGGCAUUGUUCAGUCGGCCUUUCUUUGGGGAUACAUAUUCUCCUCUAUGAUUGGAGGAGCCUUGGUGGACAAAUAUGGAGGCAAAAGAGUGUUGGCAUGGGGUGUGGCCUUGUGGUCUUUGGCUACACUUCUGACUCCCUGGGCUGCCAACCACUCCACCAUUGCUCUCUUGGCAAUUCGAGCCUUCUUUGGUCUGGCUGAAGGUGUUGCUCUGCCCUCCAUGAGCACACUCUUAUCAAGGUGGUUUCCAGGGCAUGAAAGAGCAAGUGCAGUUGGAAUUUCUAUGGCUGGAUUUCAUCUUGGAAAUGUUGUGGGCUUAAUUCUGACACCAAUCAUGUUGUCAUCCAUUGGAAUUUCAGGUCCUUUUAUUUUCUUUUCAUCUCUUGGGCUGCUAUGGUUGUCAUCAUGGGUAUAUAAAGUAACAAAUGAUCCGAGAGAAAGUCCUUUUAUCGGCAAAUCUGAGCUACGAUUAAUUCAGGCUGGGAAAGUUGAUCCUCCAGUAUAUACUGGUGAGCUUCCACCUAUACGCAUCCUCUUGUCAAAGUUACCGACAUGGGCAAUCAUAUUUGCUAAUGUAACUAACAAUUGGGGAUACUUUGUUCUCCUCUCAUGGAUGCCCGUUUAUUUCAAGACUGUGUUUAAUGUGAACUUGAAACAAGCAGCUUUGUUUAGUGCGGUUCCAUGGGGGACAAUGGCAAUUUCAGGUUACAUUGCAGGUGUAGUAUCGGAUUCCCUAAUCAAGGCCGGCUACUCUAUAACAUUAGUUCGAAAGAUCAUGCAGUCUAUAGGCUUCAUUGGUCCUGGGGUGUCACUGCUCUGCCUAAAUUUUGCAAAGUCACCUGCAGUUGCAGCUUUAUUUAUGACAGCAGCCCUGAGCUUGAGUUCUUUUAGCCAAGCAGGUUUUCUUCUCAAUAUGCAAGAUAUUGCACCUCAGUAUGCAGGAUUUGUCCAUGGCAUAGCAAACUCAGCAGGAACAUUGGCUGCCAUAAUCAGCACCAUUGGAACCGGUUAUUUUGUGCAGUGGUUAGGAUCUUUUCAAGCAUUCCUCAGUGUCACAGCUGGCCUCUAUUUCGUUACAACCAUCUUCUGGAACCUGUUCGCAACUGGGGAGCGAGUUUUCUAGAAUGUCACAGAACAUAAAUUAAUAAUGCAGCAUAAAAAAAACAGGGUUAAUGCUUGGGAAGUAAAGAGAAAAUGAACAGAAGUUUAAUUAAGCAUUCAAAAUUUUGGGGGCUAAUCUUUUAGGCAAUGAUUCAUGAAUGGUAUAGCAAGAGUAUUUAGUGACUUACAGUUCAUUCUUUGUUUUUGCUUCUGGCAAAUGUGCCUCGUUUUCUUUUUCUUUCCCUUACCUGAUAUAUCAUAUAUCCAUCAGAAAUCACUGCAAAGAUUAAUAUUGUAUUAUUUCAUAAUAUAGUACAUAAAACUUUUGUUUCCAUUUAUUUUCUGCACUCUGUUAGUUUAUAUGCUUCCUGCCAACACUUGGCAGUGAAAUUAUCAGAAUGCAGAGUCAUGAAAUCUCACCCAAAUCAAAACCAAAUUUCACUUUCUCUUUUUGCUGUUAACAAGCAAGUUAGGACCAAAGACCACUGUUAGGGUCAACCCUAUAACUUUAUCAGAAAUGAUGCCAUAAUCCAUGAUGCUGCCAAGCAAAAGCGUUUUGGGUCAAAUAUACUGUAAAUAAGUUCAAAGAGAAAAUUCAACCAAAGCAUCAGCAUUUCCCCUCUAAUAAAAAAUGACCUAGGGAAAGAGAACUUCUGUCCCUGGGAAUUCAUUAGAAACCGGUCUAACACUUUGAUUACAAGUCACCCCAAGUCAAAAUCAAUUUCGUAGUAUUUUUUUUUUCUUUUGUUAUGAUGCACCGAAGAAUUAGGCAAAUAUUGAUGAAUAAGAGAACACAAUUUAUGUAAAUAAUAAUAAGUUGAAAAGUAAUAUCGAAGUCGAAAAUAUUUAAUCAAUUGUGAAAAAAGCCACAUUUUAAUUAUAAAUUGUUUUUCAAUGACAUACUAAAACUUGUGAAAAUUA